GGUCUGUGCGCAGUAACGUGCUCACGAUCUGCAGCCAAACACAGCCCCAAACCCUCCGCAUCACUGCCGUAUCUACUGCCGUAUCUGCAAGGUAUUCUUCCAGGGACACACAGGAGUGAGAUGCAUCCUGAGAUGCAUGUAUACUCACAACACAGGUCCAGAAGAUGGCCUUUGCACUUGGUCGCCGGUUGGUGACCUGCCUUCUUAAUGUGUCUGAGGCUCGCCAAAAAGAUUUAGUGGAGAAGGUGGCUCAGGCCGCCAUCACUGACCAACAUGGAGGAAGACGAAAGGACACCACCAUUCUAAACAUAUUCAGUGACUAUGACUACAACCGUUCUGUCAUCACAAUUGUGGCAAACAUUGAGCUAAUCAGGGAGGCAGUUCUCGCGGCGUGUGAGAGGGCAUGUGAACUGAUUGACAUGAAUGCACAUGGAGGGGUUCACCCAGCGAUGGGGGCUGUGGACCUAGUGCCCCUGUAUCCUCUGGGAGAAGACGUGGGUUUGGAGGAGUGUGGGAAAGAGGCUCGGGCUCUAGCCACUGCUCUGACUGAGCGCGUACUGGGCACCAGCGUAUUUUUAUUUGGCUGGGCAGACGUUCCACUGCACCGUGGUCUCGCCCAGAGGAGAAAAGAACUUGGCUGGUUCCGGAAGGUUCCUAGCAUAGCUGCCGUCUUGCCGGAUGUUGGACCACAGCCCACAAGAAGAUAUGGAAUAACAGGUGUUGGUGCCAGCCCUUAUGUGAUGACCUGCAAUGUAACCAUGGAUACCCAGGACCUCACCAUUGGCCGGGAUGUGGCAGCAGCCAUCCGAGAGUCAAGUCCUGGCGGGAUCCCAGGAGUCCAGGUCAUAGCCUUGCCUCAUGAAGGCACUGUAGAAAUUGCCUGCAACGUAGAAAGUGUGGGAGAAAGACCCUCACCUGGUCUGGCUGCUGGCAUGGAACCCUGGCCAGAGUUUAGCAUCGGUGAUCAAACAUUCUGCCAUGCGCCAGCCUCUCUUAUCGCUGCCUAUGUCAAGCGCUUGGCUGGCCACCAUGGGGUGGUCACUAAAGGCACAGCACUGGUAGGGUUCACACCACAAAAAUGUAAGGCCCUAGCUGAGCAAGCUCUCACUCAGGGCAUCAGAGAGUUCUGGAAAGAGUUGCAAAGUGUGCAAAUGUGAUUAUGGGACAUGGGAAGUGUAUAUUUCCCUUUUUUUGCUGCAAGUAGAGGGGGCAGCAAAACAAAAGUUGGGCACUAUUUAUGAAUGUUUACACAUACACAAGUUACAGUUGGUUCCUCAGCUAAAAGGAUUAAAAAGUUACAGAAGUAUAUUUGACAUAAAAAAAAUAAAUAAAGCAUCAAAUUUAUCAUG